AUGGCUGAUCAGUGCAUCGUCUGCCUGGAGCUGCUGGAGGUCGAGGCCAGUGCGCCCGCAGCUGCAGCACAGCUCCAGCAAGACAAGCUCAACCACGAACGCCUCGCCAUUGAGGAUGCGGAUGCGCUCGCCAAAGAAACCCACCAAACCGGCCCGGAUCACGUCAACCACGACAAUGUGGCCAAGAUUGAGGUCUGCGGGCACAUGCUGCACGACGCAUGUUUGCGGGAAUGGACCGACAAGGCAAAUAGCUGUCCCAUUUGCCGCCAGACAUUUCAUAGCGUCACUGUUUACGACAAGGUUGGAGGCAAGGCUCUGUCGACCCGUCAGGUUGAGGACAAGAAGCAAGCACCUGUGGUACCCGCCUUCGACCCGCGGGAGUGGAUGGACGAGUUUCCCGAGCAGCCAGACUUGAUCGACCGGCGUUGUCCCGUGUGUAACUCGGCCGAAGACGAGGAAGUGCUGCUGCUCUGCGAUAGCUGCGAUGCCGCCUACCACACCCACUGCGUCGAACUCGACGAGGUGCCGAGGGGUCCCUGGUUCUGCAUGGAGUGCGUGCAUGCCCUCGGUCCGGACAUCAUCCAGCCGGUCAACAACGUGCCUGGUCGGGAUGGCGGUUUCCUCGGCCGGAGCUAUUACUUCCCGCGCACCCAGGCUAGCAUGCGGCGUGCGAGGCAACGGGCUCGGUCGGACGAGUGGCAGGGGGCGUGGGGUCGCAUCACAGGCCGUGUGUGGGACGCGAUUGAGUUGGACCUCGACUACCAGGACGAGGAAGACUCGGACGUGUUUGAGGGCCUGCACAGGUCUCGACAGUUGCGGGAGCGGGAGCGGGAGGAGCAUGAGCGCUGGCAGCAGCGCCUGCAAAUUGUCGAGCGUUUAGGAGCAAGAGACGUGUUUCUGAACAACUUCGGGCGGCGGAUCGACCGCCCGCAACCAACACAAGAGACGCGUGAGGAACGGCUCGCCUGGGGUGCCCUGGAGAAGGCCAGAGAAACGGACUCCCGGAAGCGCAAGUCGCGCUCAGCCACGGCCGAGCCGCAGGAGGAGCCUCAUCCCGAACCCGAGAGAAAACUAAAACGACCGCGCACUCGACGGGUGCUACCCCAGAACGGCGAGUCGUCAGCAUCUGCUGCGCGGGACCCUGGGCCAUUGAACCGACCACAACAGGGCGGCUCAUCAUCAAGUGCCGACGAGGCGCCCCCUUCAUUCUUGUCGUCCCUGCUCAGGGAGGUCGAGAUGAGCACCCCGUCGGACGAGCACACUCUUGUGCAGAUGUUUGGGCCGAUUCCGGGUGCUAAUGACGCCCCAUCGCCCGCCCGCUCGCCUGCACAUAGUCACGGGUCCAUCACACCGCCCAACCGCUCCAGCUCACCGGUAAUGACGCUGAGCUCACACAUCGCGCCCAUUUACGCCGCAUCAUGCUACUCCCCGACAAGAGGGCUGUCGUUGGAGUCGGCUGAAGCACUCGGGCCAUCAUCAUCGAUCCGCAACGCACCGCAAAUACGAGAGCGCCAGUCCUCACCUGAGAAUAGUGACUCGGAGCAUCGGGGGCGACGGUCGCGCCCGGCCGGCCAACAGCAGCACAGCACGCUAGAGCUCCGGCAACCGCAGCCCCGACGGACGCAGAGCGCCGCCGUGUCCAGGUCGCACAACACAUCUCCGGCGCCACCAGGCCCACUGACGCGCGAACUGAAGGAGAGCAUCACUAAGAUUGUGCGCGGCGUGCUCAAGCCCUAUUGGCGCUCGAAGCAGUUGACGGCGGAGCAGUACGAGACCAUCAACCGCGACAUUUCCCGAAAACUAUACGAGGAGGUGAAGGAGCCCGAGAUCAACGCGGACAUGCAGCAGAACUGGGAGAGGCUGGCUAUGCAGCAGGUCGCCCGUGCUGUAGCUUUGCUGAAGGCUUAG